CUCUAUAUAUCGACACACCAUAAAAGUUGUUCUUUCUCUCCGUUUCCUUAGCCUCUGCAUCUGGGCGAUUUUCUCUUUCUAUCUCCCUACACCUUAGGGAGUACUGAUCCUAAACUCAUCAUCUUUCUAUGCCUUCCUCUUUUCUUUCACUUAUUUUCUUUUCUAUUUUUUUUCUUUCUUACUUUGCGUAAAACUAGCGAGUCAAAAAUAAAGACACUUGCAUGAUCCUAAUAUAAUAUUAUAUAUUGUAAUUAGAGAAAGAGAGAGAAGAGAAGAAAGAAAGUGGCAGUAGAUUCUUAUGGAUUUUGGUAUAAAGAAACAUGAAAAAAUGGGUUUGACCGAAGAAACUUUGAGGACGGUAACUUCAUUAUCAACUUUUCGACUGUAUUUAUAUUUUAGCUUUUGUCAAACCGUAUCAUAUAAUAUUAAUGCGAAUUACUAGUAGAGAGUAUAAUAAUAGUAAUAACAAAAUGCUUGGUUACUGUAUGUAAAUCCCUAGACAAAAAGAAUAAGAAUAAAAAGAGCAAAAUUCUUCAUCCCAAGAUCCAUCAGGAGAGUCAGAGUCAGACCCCAUCUCUCAUUUCCCAUCUCUCCUUUUCACAUUUAUUUCCUUUUUUUUCUUUCUAGAUACUUUUUUAUUUUGAAAUUUAAUACUAAUAACUAUACAUUUAUUGUUAUUAUUGUUGUUAGAGUCUAUGCUAGGGUCCAAGGGUUCAUCCCAAUAUCCCUUCUUCUCCUUAGAAACUCGCAACUUCUUCACAUGGAAAUCAAUUCCCUCUAGUACCAAAUCCUAUUACUAUUGAAGGUAUACUCUAUAGUUAUUUAUUUAGUUAAGUAUAUAUAUUAAAAAUAAAUAACAUUAAUUAGUACUAGUCUUAUCAUAUUUAUUAGCUCAUUUUCUUAUAAAAUACUAAUAUAAUAGGAAAUUUAAGCACAAGAUGAGCUUUGCCCAUCGAGAGCCUCAAAACCCAAAAGUCUCUUCUUCUUCACGAGAUCCAAUCUUUUGCUUUUUAGUAAUUAAUUACAUCUUCUUCCUUCUCUUCUCUCUUCUUCUUCCCUCUCUCAUACCUACCUAUAAGCAACACAAAGAACACCAUUGAUCCCAUCUGUUUUGUUCCCUAUAUUUCGUUAAUCCAUCCAUACGCAUUCCAACUACACGCUUUUUGUAUGCAACCCCAAAUAGCAGCUUAAAGAAAGCAGAGAGGAUCUUCUUUUAUUUCCCCUCUGAGCAACAGAAGCCAUUAUUCAAAGAAAGGCUUCUUUAAUUUACUCGCAGGGAGAGGGAAAAGAGAAAAAAUUGAAAAACUCCAUUUUCAAGUCAUUAAAAUGGCAUCUUCUUCAACAAACUCACCAUGCGCCGCUUGCAAAUUCCUCCGGCGAAAAUGUCAACCGGAAUGUGUAUUCGCGCCCUAUUUCCCACCGGACCAGCCACAAAAAUUCGCAAACGUUCACAAAGUGUUUGGAGCAAGUAACGUGACAAAGCUCCUCAACGAGCUUCACCCUUCACAACGUGAAGACGCAGUGAACUCUUUGGCCUAUGAAGCCGACAUGCGCCUCCGUGACCCUGUCUACGGCUGCGUCGGCGUCAUCUCUCUCCUCCAACAUCAGCUUCGUCAGCUUCAGAUAGAUCUCAGCUGUGCUAAAUCUGAGCUCUCUAAGUACCAAAGCCUCGGUAUCCUCGCCGCCACUCAUCAGAGUCUUGGCAUCAACUUACUCGCCGGAGCAGCAGAUGGAACAGCCACCGCCGUGAGAGACCACUAUCACCACCACCAGUUUUUUCCUAGAGAACAAAUGUUUGGUGGCUUGGAUGUUCCGGCCGGUAACAACUACGACGGUGGGAUUCUUGCCAUUGGACAGAUCACUCAGUUUCAGCAGCCGAGAGCCGCCGCUGGAGAUGAUGGUCGCCGUACUGUUGAUCCGUCUUGAGAUUUUAGGGUUUUGGUGGUGUUCAUCUUCGUCGAUCGCUUGGUGAUGAGAAAACUAUAAUUUUAAGAAAAUAUUUGAUGUGGAAAACCAAAAUAUUUUAAACGUAUGGUACGUCUCUCUUAAUGACAUUAAUUUCGGUUUUUAUUAUUAUUAUUACUUAGAUAUAUUAUGAUAGUCACUUUUGUAUUUCUUUCAAAUUUUAUGGACUUGCUCUCUUAAUUGAUAUCACAUACUUGCAUUAUAG